AUGAUCGCACAAACACCCACCGCCCUACUACUACUACACCUCCCCGAUGAGGUCUUGAUCACCAUCUUCGGCUUCCUCGACCUCCAGACUCUGUACAACGCCACUCUGGUCUCCAAGCACUUUCAGGACCUGGCCGAGCCCUUUCUGUAUCACACAAUCGAGGUGGUCAGUGGUCGUCAAGCCGCUGCCCUAUCUGCCAGUCUACAUGCAAAUCCCCGCCGCACCGCAUGGAUCCGCUCGCUGCUUGUCUCCACCAAGUUCGGGGAGGACCAAGGCUUGAGCACGCUGCCACCAUACAUUUUCAUGAUGCGAAACCUACAAGAUCUGUGCCUGGAGACGCCCGACUGUAACGCGAAAUUUCCCGAGGAGAGAGUAGGCUGGGUCAAUCUCCAGGAUCGAUACGAACGCAUCUUCGAGGCGGCUUCAGCGGUGAUACCCAACAAUGUCGAGCGGGCGCUGCCGAAGUUGCGCAAUUGCACGUUACACUUUGUCGAUGGCCAAAAGGAGAUAUAUUCUAUGACCAAAUACGCGAUGCUUUUCUUGCACCCGAAUCUGCGGUCGUUGACAAUGUCAUGCGCCAGCACCGACUUUCCCGACCGAUUGCUGCGACAAUUCCAGGACGAUGAGGCACUCGUCGGGUCGACAAACCUCGAGCACCUGCAUCUCGAAGAAUGUGAUAUCUUCUCACCUUCCCUGGAAAUCUUAUUGAGUUUCCCUCGCGCGUUGAAGUCACUCAAAAUUAGUGAAGGCAUCCGCUAUGACGGCAUGUUUACUAGAAGCAGUCGCAUGCACGGUAAUGUGUCCCCCGGGACCUUUGUGGAUGCCAUCGCCAAACACUGUACCCAUUCGCUUGAGCACCUGUCUUUGAGUCUGGGAUACUCGAGACCGUCUCAUCAGCCAUUCAACCAUCCCGGCCAGCAUCUUAAUCUGUCAGCCUUUCGUGCUAUCAAGCAACUUGACCUUGACGUGCGGACAGUCAACUUGAUCAGGGUCCGAGCUGUGUGCGAUCACGCCACAUGGCGCAGACUCCCUCCGAAUCUCGAGACUCUCAAAGUGUUUGGUAUCCCCUUGGGCGAUCGACCACCAUUUCACGCUAGGCGACGGGUUUGGUUUCCUUUUGAAACAUGUAUCGCGACCGACAAAGCGAAGCACGGCGUACGGCUUCUCAGUAACUUGGUAUAUUCAUACGAAUAUUACAGAGAAGACGACGAGGCUAGAUUGACCCUAUCCGAGGAUGGAGAAACGGUGGAACAAAUCAGCCAGGUGUUACUCGCACAGCGGUUGAUGGUCGAAAAGUGCAAAGAACUGCAACCCGUCUUCAAAAAGGCCGGCGUGAGGCUGGAGAUUGAAAUGGUGGCUUUACCUAACGGGUUCAUCCCACCAUAUCUAUUCACGGAGGACAAGCCAAGAUACUACACCCUCUGGGAGUCGGUUGCGAGGUGA